AUGCUGGGUAUGUUUGCCCAGAUUUUGAGUGCCGGCGCAUUGCCGACUCAAGAUGAAGGUCUAUCUGUCUAUGUGAAUCCCUUUAUUGGUACCGCUGGACCAGAUGGUACGGGCGCUAAUUCAGGCGAUACUUUUCCGGGUGUUUCCGUGCCUUUUGGAGUUGUGAAACUUGGGCCGGAUACCACGGAGAUGAAUCCAAGUACAAACGCUUUUGCUGGGUACACACCAGAUGGGAAUGUCACUGCCUUUACCUGCUUUCAUGAGUGCGGCAUAGGAGGCGCCUCCAAAUACGGUGUCGUCGGACACAUGCCACUUACAACUCUGUCAGGCGUUAAUGUCCUCGACAAUACCACUUACCAGCAACCCCGUGUUUCAGUGGACAGAGCUUCUGUUGGGUACUACCGCUCUGACUUAGCAAAUGGGGUCACAGUUGAACUCACUGCAUCCCAGCAUGCUGGACUCUUUCAAUACACGUAUCCAGAGAACACAGAUCGCGUCAUUCUUCUGGACGUAUCGCACAACCUGCCAUCUUUAGCAGAGUUUGUCAAGAGUCAGUCAUACAGUAAUGGCCAAAUCGAAGUAAAAGACGGGGGCCGACGAGUGCAGGGAUGGGGAAUUUAUCUUGUGAUAACUAACCUAUCAGGAUCUGAAUACAAAAUCUACUUUUGCAACGACUUUGAUACUACUCCAUCCAGCUGGCAGUAUUUCUCCGGGCCAUGGAAUGCCCCUGAUAAGCCCCCAAGUCCUUCUACGCCGGUGACUUGGGGCAAUGCAUCAACGAACCCUAAUGGAGUUCAAGGAGGUCCGGAAGGUGACGACACUGGAGACAGAGUUGGAGCAGUCUUUAACUUUCCAGCCAUAACUGCAGUUGUCAAGUCCAAGACUGGUGUAUCAUUCAUCUCAGUGGAGAAGGCUUGUGCAUUUCAAAAAGAGAUACCGUCUUGGACGCUGAACGAUACAGUGAAAACUACCAAGAAAGUAUGGAACGAUGACGUUUUCAGCAAAAUAUCGAUCAAAGAACCCUUUUAUCUCUUGGUCCAGCCGCAACGUGGCGUUGGUAUGAUUCGGUCCCUCAUUGACAUCUGGCGACACGUUGGCUUUAUGCCGGACGGUCGUAGUGGUAAUCAUAACGGCAAAGUGCAAGGCGGCAGCAAUGCUGAUAAUGUUUUGGCCGAUGCCUAUGUCAAAGGAUUCAAAGAUGGAAUUAACUGGAAUGACGGAUACAAGGCCGUAUGGACUGAUGCAGAAGUUGUCCCGCCUCUUAACAAUGAUCCAGAGGAUGCAACUUGCACCGAUAAUCAAGGUCGCUGCGGACUCCCUGAUUGGAUCAACCUAGGUUAUGUUUCAACGAAUUUUCCGUCGAGUAUCAGUCGCACAGUUGAAUAUUCUUUGAAUGACUUUUCUGUGAGCCAAAUAGCAAAAGGGAUAGCGCCAAACGACUUCCAGAAGUAUCUUAACAGAUCAGGGAACUGGAAAAAUCUUUGGAACUCAGCGAUCAAUCAAUACGGCACGUCAGGUUUUCUCGGUCCUCGCUAUCCCAAUGGUACGAUGAUAACCAUUGGCCCACAAGACGAAUCUUACACGACUGAAGGCCUUCCAUGGGAAUACACAUGGACAGUUCCAUUUGACAUGCAAAGCCUCAUUGAAAAAAUGGGUGGUGUCGACGCAACUGAAAAGCGGCUGGACCUAAUGUUUGUGCCUAAUCUUCGAACAACAGAUUUAGGUGUAGGAGUUGGUUCUGGCACAACUCUAUUCAAUCCCGGCAACGAACCAAGUUUCGGCACUCCAUUCUUGUAUAAUUAUUUACCAGGUCGCCAAUACAAAGCCGUGAAUCAGUCUCGCGUGAAUAUUGACGAAAAUUAUUUUGCUGGAUCUAACGGCCUACCAGGUAAUAGUGAUGCUGGCGCUAUGGACAGUUGGAUGCUCUGGCAGAUGCUCGGCCUGUAUCCAGUUGUAACUCAGCCAGUAUAUCUAAUCCUGGCACCAUGGUUUGAGGACAUCUCAGUUUCAGUCGGGGGCUCUUAUACCCUCAGGAUCAAGGCACAAGGGUUAUCCAACAGCAGUUACUUUGUUCAGAGCUUGAGUCAAUGCUGGCUAGAGCAUAGUGAUAUUGCAAAGGGCGGACUUCUCGAGUUUGUGUUAGGGCCUGAGCCAAAAUCAUGGGAUACUGGAGAUGUACCCCCAAGUCCGGGCCAUCAAUAG